AUGGGCGUCUCCACCGAAGUCCCGCAGACCGUCGAGUGGGCGGGGAAGAGGGUCCCCAUCUACCCCAUGGAGACUGUUGACUUCGGACGAGUCCUGUCCCAGGAGCCAGCUGAGCUUGAGAUCAUGCUUCGCUGCUGCCAGGAGCAGGGCUUCUUCUACCUGGACCUGAACGGCCUUGACGGCAGCAGGUUCCUGGAUGACCAACAGAAGACGCUCGAGCUCAUGCACCGCUACUUUGAGUCCCCAAUAGAGGCCAAGAACGAGUUUGGUCUCAUCACCGCACAUCUCGGCUACGAGCCCGUAGGUUCACGCACAGGCGGCCUCCCCAAUACCAGGGACGGCUAUGAGAUGUUCAAGGUCUCUCGUGACGAGAUCCAGAGAAAGGACCCCAAGUUCCCCCAGAUUCUUCAGAACGACACCGACAAGGGCAUCCUGAAGAACGCCAUCUCCGGCUCCAACAUCGUCACCAAGGCCGUCCUGUCCGGUCUCUCCAGUGCCAUGGGCCUCGUCGGCGCCGCUCGCUACGAGAACGCCCACCGCAACGACCGUCCCUCGACCUCCACACUGGCCAUGAUGCACUACGUGCCCGCGGACCCCGUCAAGGACAAAGAGAUCGGCCACCAGAAGCACACCGACAUCAGCUCCCUCACCCUCCUCUUUGCCGAGGAGUGGGGACUUCAGAUCCGGCCCCCCGGCACCAAGGAGUUCGGCUUCGUCGCACCCAAGAAGGGCUGCGCCAUCAUCAACGUCGGUGACUCGCUGCGUUUCGCCAGCGGGCACACUAUGAUGUCGUGCAUCCACCGCGUCGUCCCGUUCAACCCCGAGGAGCACCGCUACUCCAUCGCCUACUUCCUCCGCGCGGAGAACGAGACCAUGUUCACCGACAGCGAGGGGAGAUACGUCACCGCCGGCCAGUGGCACGACGAGAAGUUCUUCCUGUUCAAGGCCACCCCCGACAUCCAGGCUCUGGCACCCCCUUCCAUGCUGUACGGCGGUAUGACUGCCGACGAGGAGUGGACCCCCUACGCCCAGCCCGUUGCCAAGGCCCACGAAUCUGAAGUACCAGUCGAUGGGCCGAAGCAAGCGCCUGUUGUGAAGGAGACUUUGGUUGAGGCUCACUAA